CCAUUGGGGCCGGAAAAGUGAAGCGGAGCUUCCACAUUCUUCAAGGGAUAGACAGCCCCGCAGCAGCCAUGGAGCCAGGUGGCAAUGUGUACCAAGAGGCUGUGGGGAACGGGGUGGCUGCCGACGGCCAAGGACUUGCCUUUCUGAACGGGCCUAUGCUGAAUGGCGCGGACGUUCAGCUAGAUGACUUUGUGGGGGCUCAUGCUGAGUACAAUGAAGAGGAGGAGGAACGCAAAUAUUUCCGCCGCAAGCGUCUCGGAGUUAUCAAGAACCUUUUGACAGCCAGCUUGGGCGGAAUGCUAACCUAUGGCGUCUUUCUAGGCCUCUUACAGAUGCAGCUAAUCCUGCAUUAUGAUGAAACUUACCGAGAGGUGAAAUACAGCAAUCUGGAGCUACAGGAUAUUGACAACAAGAUGCUGAUGGGUAUCAAUGUCACACCCAUUGCUGCACUGCUUUACACUCCAGUCCUCAUGAGAUUCUUUGGCAUCAAGUGGAUGAUAUUCUUGGCUGUUGGCAUCUACGCACUCUUUGUCUCUACCAACUACUGGGAACGUUACUAUACCUUGGUACCAUCAGCUGUGGCAAUUGGGGCUGCAAUUGUACCACUGUGGGCUUCUUUGAGCAACUAUAUCACCCGGAUGGCACAGAAAUAUUAUGAAUAUGUGAACUAUAAGGAAGAGCAUGUCCAGGAGCAAAAGCGAGCACCACACGGGGCCUACAACAGCUACCUCAUUGCCUUCCAGACUGUCUUCUAUGCCUUCUUCAAUUUCAGUUUUGUCUGUGCCCAGAUGCCUACAUUUUUCUUCCUGAAGUGGUAUCUCUAUGAUUUGAACCACACACUUUUCCAUGUACAGCACUGUGGCACUUCCAGCCAGGGGAUUCUCCCAGGAUUCAACUCCACAGUUCUACAGAGACUUCCACGAAGCAGCGAGCUCAUCAUGGUGGAGAGCGUGCUCAUGGGUGUAGCUUUCCUCGCCAUGCUUCUGGUGUUGUUCCUGUGUGGCGCUGCCUAUCGCCCCACAGAGGAGAUCGAUUUACGCAGCAUUGGAUGGGGCAACAUCUUCCAACUGCCCUUCAAGCACAUGAGAGAUUAUCGCCUCCGCCACCUCAUCCUCUUUUUCAUAUACAGUGGCUUCGAGGUGCUCUUUCUCUGUACUGGUUUUGCCUUGAACUAUGGUGUGUGCUCCAUUGGCUUGGAACAUAUGGCUUACAUCAUUACUGCUUAUGGACUCUCCUCUGCUGUCUGCAGCAGCCUGGCGCUUUUUAUGCUGUGCGUGCCCCGCCAGGUUCCCCUCCUCACAGGAGCUUCUAUCCAUGCCAUCCUUUUGAUUGCCCUCUUCUUUUGGGAUCCUCAUCCCAAAAGCUUAGGCGAAGCACCUAUGCUGUACCUGGUGGCUGCAGUCUGGGGCCUUGGCAGUGCCCUCAACAAGACAGGCCUCAGCACACUCUUGGGGAUGCUUUAUGAAGACAAAAAGCGUCAAGACUUCAUUUUUACCAUCUACCACUGGUGGCAAGCUCUGGCCAUCUUCAUUGUUUAUCUGUGGUCUGGACUACCUAUGAAGGCUAAGUUAUCCAUCAUGUUGAUUACUCUGGUGGCUGCAGUGUUCUCAUACACGUGGAUGGAACAUAAAAUAAGCCAAGCCAUCCCACACCGCAUCCCCAAGAUUCCCAAGCCUCAUCAAAAAGUGCGGGGCUACCGCUACUUGGAGGAUGAGAAUUCUGAUGAAACUGGUUCAGAGGGAGAGGAGGAAGGGGGACACAGUGACUCCUCGGAGGGAGAAGCAGAAGGUGAGGAGCCCAAAGACCAGCGGGCUCGGGCUCGGCGCAGGAACAGGUGCAGCUAUGAGGCUGGGAAUAAUGUGGGCUAGCUCCUGGCUUGGUGCCACCCUUUUUUGCUCUAGGUCAUCCUGUUUGCUGCAGUCUUGGCUGAGCCAUGACCUCCUCAAGUGCCUUAGACUUCAGCCUCUCUGCAUCAACAGAAUCAUCUCUCUGGCACAAUCUUCUGAUGUUAUAAUUUUACCUUGAGCCUCACUUCCUGCCUUUAGACACCUUUUAGCCUCCACUGUAGCUUGUAGCUCCACUGUAGACAAAAACACACUUGCUGGCUAAGGGUAUUAGUGUUCCCUCCCUGCCUCAUAUGAGGAAUGAAUAUUUCUUGACUGUGGGCAAUUCUAGUCGUGACAGGUACAAGGGAAUGGGUGUAAACCUUUGAAGGUGGAUAGAACAGGGAGAAGAACACUAGAUUUUCCUUAUUCUUAACAACUUGAACUCACAUUAAAAUCUGAUUCAGUUUUUAAUAAAUUGUUUUGUUCUGGCUAAAUAGAUGAUAGACCUCCAGGAGUACUCCUGUUGUAGUUUUUCUCUCCCUGGGAAAGUGUGCAACUGCUCAUUUGGCUCCUAGUACUCAAACAAGAGCUGGGAAUAAAAUCUUGUCUGAUUUCAAUGGCUUAUACCAGAGACAGAGGAGGUGUAAAAACAACUAGUAGUAUGGCAUUCUGUUACUUUUUUCCCAACUGAGGAUUGCAGAGAGCUUGGUGUGGCUAGUAUGGUCUGGCAGCACCAAAUGUUAACAGACUGUUGAUCAUGUUGUAGAGUGGAAGUUUUUUCAUAGACUACUGUGCAAAUAAGCCAUUAAAGUAAGCAUUUUUCACAUGA